GUCUAUAACGACAAGGAUGGGUCAGUGGAGCAGAAGCAGCUGAACUACGUGCCUGGACUCUACAAGAUCUUCGACGAGAUCCUGGUGAAUGCUGCAGACAACUACGUCCGGGACAACUCUCAAACAUACAUCAAGGUGACCAUCAAUGAAAGAGACGGUUGCAUCAGCAUCGAGAACAACGGCCGCGGAUUGCCAGUAGAGGAACACAAGGAACACCAGAUGUACGUCCCUGAGAUGGUAUUCGGACACCUCCUCACAAGCGACAACUACGAUGACAGCGAGAAGAAGGUCACUGGUGGCCGGAAUGGUUAUGGCGCAAAGCUCACCAACAUUUUCUCAACAAAGUUUGAGAUCGAAUGCGGGGAUUCCGAGCGCAGAAAGAAGUACCAGCAGACAUGGGAGGAGAACAUGCGCAAGAAGCAGAAGUCCAAGAUCUCGGCGCACCUCGGCGAGAGCUUUACGAAAAUUACGUUCUGGCCGGACCUCUCUCGCUUUGGUAUGAAGAAAUUGGACAAGGACAUAGUCGGGCUCAUGUGUCGUCGCGUGGUCGAUGUGGCUGGCACAACUCCAGCCAAAUGCAAGGUGCAUCUGAACGGCAAGAGGCUGGAAAUCAACAGCUUCAAGGACUACAUCUCGCUGUACACUGGCACCGAAGAUGUCCAGAUCGUCCACGAGAAGUGCCACGAGCGCUGGGAGGUUGCCAUGACAGUUUCAGAUGGCCAGUUUCAACAGGUGUCUUUCGUGAACAACAUCGCAACGACGAAAGGUGGAACCCAUGUUGUCCACGUCGCGGAUCAACUCGUCGAGGCCAUCACCCAGAAGGUCAACAAGCAAAACAAGGGUGGGAUGGAAGUGAAGCCGUACCAUGUGCGGAACUAUUUGUGGGUGUUCGUGAAUGCGCAGAUCGAAAACCCAUCUUUCGACUCACAGACAAAGGAAACCAUGACUCUCAAGCAGUCAAAGUUCGGGUCGGCCUGUGCGAUUCCUGACAAGAUGAUCAACAGCGUAUUGAAGACUGGCAUCGUUGAUAUGGUGCUUCAAUGGGCGAAGGCCAAAGAGGAAAUUGAUCUGGGAAAGACUCUUAAAGGCUGCUCCAGCGCACCGAACAAAAAAACCAAGCGCUUGCUCAACAUCCCGAAGCUUGAGGAUGCCAACCUGGCCGGCAGCAAGGACGGUCGUGAGUGCACCCUCAUUCUCACGGAGGGAGACAGUGCCAAGUCCUUGGCAGUAGCGGGCUUGGGUGUAAUUGGUCGGGACCGAUACGGCGUGUUCCCACUUCGAGGGAAAAUUCUGAAUGUCCGGGACGCGAACUUUGCACAAACAAUGAGUAACGCAGAGAUCGCUAACAUCACGAAGAUCAUUGGCUUGGAGCCGCGGAAAGAGUAUCAUUCCACGAACGGCUUGCGCUACGGCUCCAUCAUGGUCAUGACAGAUCAGGACUACGACGGAUCGCACAUUAAAGGACUCAUCCUGAACUUCGUGCAGCAUUGGUGGCCCUCAUUGUUUAAGCUCCCCGGGUUCAUGACGGAAUUUGUCACACCGAUUGUGAAGGUGAGCCGUCGAAGCUUCACGCAGCAGUUCUUCACCAUGCAGGAGUACGAGAAGUGGAAGGAAGAAAACAACAAUGGACGUGGUUGGCACUUGAAGUACUACAAAGGUCUCGGAACUUCGACGAUGGCUGAAGCCAAAGAAUAUUUCAGCAACAUCAACGAUCACAGCCUGUCUUUUGAGUACACGGGGCAAAUUGAUGAUGAAGCGUUCGACAUGGCAUUCAACAAGAAAAGGGCUGAUGACCGCAAGGAGUGGAUCAACGAGGCCGAUGAUGAGGAGUUCGUGGACCAUUCGAAGGAGGCGGUCACAUACCUGGACUUCAUCAACAAGGAGCUGGUGCAAUUCGCGAAGUACGAUGUUCUGCGAGCAAUCCCAUCGGUGGUCGAUGGCUUCAAGCCGGUGCAGCGCAAGAUCAUGUGGGCAUCCUUCAAGCGGAACCUUAAGAACGACACCAAAGUGGCGCAGCUGGCAGGCUAUGUCUCGGAACAUGCCGCCUACCAUCAUGGCGAGUCUUCCUUGCAAGGUGCCAUCGUGGGACUGGCACAGACAUUCGUCGGAGCGAACAACGUCAAUUUGCUUGUGCCGUCGGGUCAGUUCGGAACCCGCAUUCAGGGCGGUAAGGAUGCCGCCAGUGCCCGUUAUAUUUACACACGCCUCGAGAAGAUCACGCGCUUGAUCUUCCAUCCCUCUGACGACGCCUUGCUCGACUUCCAGGUCGAGGAGGGUCAGCGGAUCGAGCCGAAGUGGUACAUUCCUGCGCUUCCGCUGGUACUUGUGAACGGCGCCGAAGGAAUUGGAACUGGCUGGUCAACCUUCCUUCCGAACUUCCAUCCUCGGGACAUCAUUGCGAACCUGAAGAGGUAUCUGCGAUGCCAGCCGGUGCAGGACAUGUGCCCCUGGUAUGCAGGCUUCAAGGGAAGUAUCGUCCUGUCGCCGGACAAGGUUGGCUAUGAGUCCGUGGGAGUUAUCGAGAAGAGAGGUCCGACCACGCUGGAGAUCACCGAGCUCCCGAUCAAGAAGUGGACACAGGACUACAAGGAGGCUGUACUGCAGCCCAUGCUGUCGACCGACGGACCUGGUACUGGCCAGAUUGAAGACUUCAAGGAGUGCCACACGGAGGUUACCGUGCAUUUCAUCAUCACAGUUACAGAGGAGCAGAUGAAAGCACAUGAGUACAUAGGACUGGAGAAGUCUUUCAAGCUUCGAAGCUCGCUGUCGACAAACAACAUGAUUUUCUUCGACAAGGAAGGAAAAAUCAAGCGAUACAGCGACGAGCGGCAUAUCAUCGAGGAGUUUGCAGAACUCAGACUGGAGUACUACCACAAGCGCAAGGCUCACCUGGUAAGGGUCCUGCGGAUCGAAGCAGAGAUUCUCGCUGCAAAAGCUCGCUUCAUCCAGGAGGUCAUUGAUGAGAAGCUAAAGGUGAAGAACAGGAAGAAAGAUGUCCUGAUCGAGGACUUGCGCAAACAUGGCUUCAAGACUCUCCGUGAGAUCACCGAAGGCGAAGACGUCGUAUCGGAUGGAUCCCAAGGAAAGGCUUGGGAGUACUUGUUGGGAAUGCCGAUUUGGUCCCUGACCGCUGAAAGAGUGGCCAACCUCCUUGCGCAGCUCAAGGACAAGCAGGCAGAGCUCCACAAGCUCGAGUGCACCGCACCUGAGGAGCUUUGGGAGAGUGACCUCAACGAGAUCCUCACCGAGCUUGCAGCUCUGGAAGCCAGGAGCCGCGCGGCUCUGGCCGAGGAAAAAGCAGCACAGAAGCGGGCCGCCCUCAGCACUGCGCAUUCGUCCAAGAAAGCAAAGACUGCCGUCAGUUCGACGCCUUUGCCAACGCCGGCGCUGGGACCUGGACAGUUGUCCACGGCAGCUCUGGGCGAGAUGCAGGAACGUCAGCUGAAGCUGACACUCACAGAGCUCCCCGGCCUCUUCAACGACAUGGUGCCAAAAAAGCCGCCUCCUCCGCCUGGCCUCGAGAAGCUCACCAAGAGCGCCGCAGCCGCUGCAGGCAAAGGCGACGACGAGGAAGGAAAAGGGGAGCCCAAGGAAGGUGAAGAGGCCGUGAAGCCGAGGGCCAAAGCUAAAGCCUUCUUCGAGAAGAAGGCCAGAGGCACGGCACCGACGGCGAAAGGCAAGGCAGCGAAGGGCGCCAGGGGCAAAGGACGUGGUGCCGGAGGUCGUGCUGAGCGCUUCAUUAGGCGCAUUGGCUUGCAGCCCAGUACCGACUUUCUUUUGAAUCUCCUUGACGCCAUGGCAGAAGAUUCGCUCGCAAUUUUGCCCCGGAGCAUGGGCCAACAGGCCUUGCAGAAAAAGAAGGCAGCUCCGAAGCGAUUCAUUCCCUCGCAGAAAGGGGCUCUAAUCACAGAGAACCCCAAUGAAGAGGAAUGCCCCUACACCUUCUCGGACAGUCCCGCCUUUUUGCGACAGAAGAAGGCGGAGGAGGAUGCCAAGCGCGCCGCCGAGCUGGAGGGCAAGGAAGAGACCAGGGGCUUCCUGCGCAGUGUCGAAGAGCUGGCGAGAAAGCAGAAGUGGGACGAAGCUUUUCAAGUCUUAGAAAAGCGGACCGCGGUACCCAGCGGCUUGUUCCUUGUUACGCGAGCUCUACUGCGGUGGAAGUUUUGCCAGUACGGCUCCGCCCUGAAAGAUGCCGAAGAGGCGUUGAAAAACUACGGCAGCUCCACCAAGGCCGGCCCUCUUGCAGCGGCCUUUGCGUCUUUCGCACGCCUCUGCUUGGGAUCGGAAGUCCGAGACAAGGGCUCCUGUUCCAAAGAGAUGCGCCCUCUGCUGGACUGUUGGGAGAAGGCCGAGGAGGCAGCUCUUCAAAAGCACGCACUGGGCCAGGGUCUCUUCAAGCCGCGGCAGCAGCAAAGACUGCAGGAUGUCGGCUGUCCAGUGGAAGGCGUGGAGGCCGCCGAUGGGACCUACCCCGUUGGAGGCGGUGUUCGUCUCGGGUACAUCUUGCUGAAGAACCAGAAAGAUGUCACCGCGCCUGUGGUCGUCCACUUCCACGGCAGCGGCGAGACUGCAGCCGAUUACCUGCAGCCACAACUAGCGGAGAAGUACCGGGAUCUCCCAGUGCACCUCUUGGUUGCGGACUACCGUGGCUACGGCUGGUCUUCCGGCGAGCCUUCGCUUGCAACCUUCCUCAAAGAUGCAGAACCUUUGGCUGAACAGCUGCCGGAGCUUUUCGUGCAGCACGGCCUCUCCUGGCCCUAUCCGGGUGGCAUCAUCCUUUCCGGAAGGUCGCUGGGCGCGCAGGUCGCGGUCCACCUUGCUGCAAUGUUUCCCACUCUCUUCAGGUCGAUGAUCUUG